CGGGCAAUGAAAGAAAUGAGGUCUCCUGAGAAUAAAUGGGAAUCUUUCGAGUUAAAUAAAGUAAAGUUUCAGUCUGACAACAGACAAGAAUGUGAGGAGUAUAAUCAAACAACCACGGCAGAGUUAAGUGAAGAGGAAGAGGAAGGAAAAGAGUUGGGUAAAAGAAAACCAAAGAAAAGAAUUAUGGAAGACUUCAUAUCAGAAAUAGAUGAAACGAGAACAAGAACUGAACAAACAGUGAUUCAAAAGUCCCCACUGUCUUGUUCAAGUGCCAAAUUGACACAAGAUAAAGAGAAAGAAAAGAGUUCAAACAAGGCUCAAGAGAAAAACAAAGCAGUGAAUCUACCUAAGCCACCUACAGCAAUGAUAAGUAGAACCCCAUUAGCUAAAAACAAAGAUUCAGGUGAAUCAAGAGGAAAGGUUUGUAAUAUGCCAAGCAGGCAUAGUCGAAGCCCAUCUUAUAGUCCACUGCAUGGCUCAGUGAGAUCAUGGCGGCCACGGUCACGAAAUACAAGUCCUUCCCAACCUUCCCGACAUGGCUCUGACAGAUCAUGGCGGUCAAGGUCCAGGAGCAGAAGUCAGUCAUUUCGUGACCAUACAUGGAGGAUGUCCUCAACACCUCGGCAAUACUCCAGAUCAAGGAGCAGAAGCCCCUACUUCAGCCAAAGAUAUAUCAACCGUUCAAGGUCCAAAAGUCCAUUCAGACAAGAAAUAGAAACUUUUCAUUUCCAAUGUCUACAUCUCAAGCUGUCCCUGUCUAAAAUUGGUGGAGUGACUGCGGUCGACCACACAAGGAAGGCAAUGGAAAGGAUGCUACACAACAGCCUGAUGGCCAAAAUGAAUAUGAAGGGAAAGAAAGGAAAGUUUCCAUUUGGGAAAACCCAACUCUUUCAAGCCAUCAUAGAGACUGUAAGAGAUAGUCAUUCAAACGUUACUGAGGUUACAAUAAAGGAUGCUAUAAUGAAGCAGUUAAAGUAUGCGCCAGAACGAGCUGGAGGAGGGGGGAAGAAAAUGCCAGCAAAUGAAAUAAAGAAAUACAGAAUCAAGACUGAAAAAAUAUGA